UUACUAUUUUUAAUGGGUUUUUUUUUGCCUUGGCCAUCCUUUUUGUCUUUUUUUCUAUUCCCUUUGACAUCCUUCUCAAAUAGCACCAAAUUCCCAGCGUAAAAAAGCAGCCAAAAUCAGCUUAGAUAGAGAAAAAGAAAAAAAUGAAAGGGAGAGUUGUAGCAGAGGAAGGUCACUUGGAAAUGGGUUGAAACUGGAAAAAGCUGAUUUUUUGUUCAUUAACAGGUGCUUAUGAUCAAAACCCAGAAACCAUUCUUUUAAAAGACAAAAAAACUAUAGUAACUUGUGGCUUUUGGAUUCAACAGUUGCCGGUUAUCAGGUUGCUCCUUGACAUAUUUGGACUGUUGGAUUAUAUCAGGAAAUAAGCACAAGGGCUGAGAGAUUUCAAGACUUCAUUUAAUUUGUCAAUAUUAGAACUCGCUAGUUUGCAGUCGAAAAAACUUGCUCCUGGCUGAUCCAUCACCUAGUUCUCACAAUUGAGAAUUCUAAUCUGUGGCCAGAACCAGGAAGUGGUGUUGUUGAGGACUGAAGUCAUGGCAACUGUGAAACGCGCGGAUUCAAAAGGCAUGUACUCAUGGUGGUGGAACAGCCACAUAAGCCGGAAAAAUUCUAAAUGGCUACAGGAGAAUCUCACAGAUAUGGAUACGAAGGUCAAACAAAUGAUCAAGCUCAUUGAAGAAGAUGCUGAUUCCUUUGCCAGGCGAGCAGAGAUGUAUUACAAGAAACGGCCAGAGUUAAUGAAAUUGGUUGAAGAGUUUUAUCGAGCAUACCGUGCAUUGGCUGAAAGAUAUGAUCAUGCAACUGGGGUGCUUCGUCAGGCUCAUCAGACCAUGGCUGAAGUAUUUCCGAACCAAGUUCCCAUGGUGUUUGCAGAUGACUCGCCGGGAGGUUUUGCUCCAGAGGUUGAUCCCUGUACACCUGAGAUGACGCCACUUGUACGAGCAUAUUUGGAGCCUGAUGAGCUGCAGAAGGAUUCUGUGGGGAUCUCUUCGCAUGCUAUCAAGAGGAAUGUAGCAUUCUCAGAAGAAUCUGAAUCUCCAAUGAGCAGAAAGGGUCUGAAACAUUUCAAUUAUGUAUUAGGUUCCGAAGAAUCUACAAAUCAUGUCAAGUUUGCGGAAGGAAGGGCUAGAAAAAUUCUCAACUUUCAUGAUGUAGAGAAGAAAGAAAGAAGUCUGCAAGACGAUGAUGGUUCUGAUCUCAGGGUUCGAGUCCCAUCUGAGUCUGAACGUGUAAGUAAAGCUGAGAUGGAGAUUUUAACCUUGAAGAAUGCUCUUGCGAGAUUAGAAGCUGAAAAAGAAGCAGGCCUACUUGAGUACCAGCAGAGCUUGGAUAGAUUAACUAACCUAGAGAGAGAAGUCUCUCGUGCACAAGAGGAUUCCAAGGGAUUAAAUGAACGAGCAAGUCAAGCUGAAGCUGAAGUCCAGACUUUGAAGGAUGCCCUCACCAAAUUACAGGCUGAAAGAGAAGCUAAUCAUGUUCAAUACCAGCAGUGCUUGGAGAAGAUAAAUAAUCUUGAGAAUAGUAUUUCUCAUGCUCAAAAAGAUGCUGGAGAACUGAAUGAGCGAGCUAGUAAAGCCGAGACAGAAGCUCAAGCAUUAAAGCAGGACCUUUCUAGAGUAGAAGCUGAAAAGGAGGAUGCUCUUGCUAGAUACAAGCAGUGUUCAGAGACAAUAAGCGAUCUAGAAGAAAAAUUGUCAAAUGCUCAAGAAAGUGCCAGAACAAUGACUGAAAGAGCUGAGAAAGCUGAAAGUGAAGUUGAAACUUUAAAGCAAGUAGUUGUUGAGCUGACCAAAGAUAAGGAAGCAGCUGCUCUUCAGUACCAGCAGUGCUUGGAGACAAUUUCUAUCCUGGAAAACAGACUUCGAUGUGCCCAGGAGGAGGCUCAAAGGCUCAAAAGUGAGAUAGAUGAUGGGGCUGCAAAGUUAAAAGGUGCAGAAGAAAGGUGUAGUCUGUUGGAGAGAACCAAUCAGAGUCUGCAUACUGAGGUGGAGUCUUUGGUGCAGAAGAUGGGGGAUCAAAGCCAAGAACUAACGGAGAAGCACAAGGAGUUGGGGAGGCUUUGGGCCUCCAUACAAGAGGAGCGCCUGAGAUUUAUGGAGGCUGAAACAGCAUUUCAAACUCUGCAGCAUUUGCACUCUCAGUCUCAGGAAGAACUCAGAUCUCUGGCCAUGGAGCUUCAGAAUAGGGCUCAAAUUUUGCAGGACAUUGAAACUCGUAAUCAGAAUUUAGAGGAUGAGCUACAGAGGGUCAAGGAGGAAAACACAGGGCUGAACAAACUCAAUUUAAGUUCAGCAAUGUCCAUACAAAAUUUGCAAGAUGAGAUAUUAAGCUUAAGGGAGACUAUUGCAAAACUUGAAGCAGAGGUUGAACUUAGAGUGGACCAAAGAAAUGCACUUCAGCAAGAAAUUUACUGUUUGAAAGAGGAGCUCAAUGACUUAAACAAGAGACACCAGGAUAUGACAGGGCAGCUUCAGUCAGUUUGCUUAAAUCCUGAAAACUUUGCAUCAACUGUGAAGGAAUUGUGGGAUGAGAACACAGAGCUAAAAGAUGUCUGCGAAAGAGAAAGAGAUGAAAAACUGGCCCUCCUGGAGAAGUUGAAAAUCAUGGAGAAACUUAUUGAGAAAAAUGCCCUUUUAGAGAAUUCACUCUCAGAUUUGAAUGUUGAGCUAGAAGGUGUUCGGGGGAGAGUAAAGACAAUAGAAGAAUCUUGUCAAUCGCUUUUGAGAGAGAAAUCCACUCUUGCUGCUGAGAAGGACACACUCAUUUCUCAGUUACAGACUGCAACUGAGAAUAUGGAGAAGCUUUCUGAGAAGAAUAACUUUCUGGAGAAUACCCUUUUUGAUGCUAAUGCUGAACUUGAAGUACUGAGGCAAAAAAUAAGGAGCCUAGAAAACUCAUUCUUGUUGCUUGGUGAUGAGAAAUCUGGCCUGAUAACACAAAGAGAAGGUUUGAUUUCUCAGUUGGAUGUCAAUCAGAAAAGGCUGGAAGAUUUAGAGAAAAGAUAUAUGGGACUAGAAGAAAAACAUGUAGGUCUGGAGAAAGAGAGAGAAUCAACACUUCGUGAAGUGGAAGAGCUACAAAAGUCACUAGAGGCUGAAAUGCAGCAACAUGCGAGUUUUGUGCAGUUGAGUAGAACCCGAGAAACUGCUAUGGAAUCACAGAUCCAUGUCCUACAAGGGGAAAGUCUGCUCAGGAAGAAAGAAUAUGAAGAAGAACUGGACAAGGCCAUGAAUGCUCAUGUUGACAUUUUUAUCUUGCAGAAAUGUGCACAAGAUCUGGAAGACAAGAAUAUGUCCCUAUUGCUUGAGUGUAGGAAACUCUUGGAAGCCUCCAAAUUGUCAGAAAAACUUAUCUCUGAAUUGGAGCUUGGCAAUUGUGAAAAGCAGGUGGAGAUCAAAGCCUUAUUCGAUCAAAUUACCAUACUGAGAAUGGGGCUUUAUCAGAUGUCAAGGACUCUUGAGAUUGAUGAUAUCCAUGGUUGUGAUGAUAAGAUCAAACAAGACCAAUUAGUUCUUGACUGUGUAUUUGGCAGACUCCAAGAAAUGCAAAAUUCACUUUUGAAGUCUCUGGAUGAAAAUCAGCGGUUCAUAAUUGAGAAUUCAGUUCUUAUUGCACUGCUUGGGCAACUGAAACUAGAGGCAGAAACUCUUGCUGCUGAGAAGAACUCAGUACGGCAGGAGUUGAAGGUUCAGUCUGUGCAGUUUUCGGAGCUGCUGAUCAGAGCUGAAAAACUUGCGGAUAUGAAUGAAGUACUGAGAUCAAAAGUGGUAGAGGUAAACCAAAGAGAAGACGCUUUGCAGACUGAAUUGAUAAGUGUUCGUGGGCAACUGUUAGCCUUGCAAAGGCAAUAUCAGACUUCACUGGAAGACAACUGCAAGGUGCUAGAUGAGAAAAGAUCUUUGAUGAAGGAAGUUUUGGACUUGGGCAAGCAGAAACAUAAUCUAGAAGAUGAAAAUCAUGCUGUAAUUUGCGAAGCAAUAUCUCAAAGUAACAUUUCUCUCAUUUUGAAGGAUAUUAUUGCUAAUAAUUUUGAGGAAAUAAAGUAUUUAAAUGACAAUCUGGGUAAACUCAAAUGUCUCAAUAAUGAUCUUGAGGGAAAACUGAAGAUGAUGGAGAGAAAAUUUGAAGAUUUGCAAAUGGAAAAUUCAAAUCUCAAGGAUUCAAUGAAAAAAUUGGAGAAUGAACUGGUUUCAGUUAGAUCUGUUGGUGAUCAGCUAAAUGAUGAAGUUGCAAGGGGGAAGGAUCUGUUGUGCCAGAGGGAGAUUGCGCUAUUGGAAGUAGAGAAAAUGCUCAGUGCGAGUCAAAAGGAGACAGCCCAGCUGCAUAAAGUUUUGGAGGAUCUGCAGACUAAAUUUGAGGAGGUCAAGCUGAUAGGAGAAGAUCAAAAGAGGCAAAUUCUGAAACUAUCUGGGGACUAUGAUCAUCAAAUUAAGGAGACUGAAAGCAUUAGUCAGGCUAAUCAGAAACUUGAGGUUGAAUUGUUGAAAUUGAAUGAGGAGCUUGAAGAAAGCAAACACAGGGAGGAGAGUUUGAGCUUUGAACUACAGAAGGAAAGAAUUAAAGUUGAAAUUUGGGAAACUCAGGCUGCUGCAUGGUUUGAUGAGCUACAGACUUCAGCUAUACGUGAAGUAAUUUUUGAAGAGAAGGCUCAUGAGCUCGGGAAGGAAUGCAAAUUCCUUGAAAGUACAAGAAAUUCCACAGCCAUGGAGGUAGAAGAGCUGGAAAGAAGUGUUAGAAGCUUGGAAUGCGAGAAUGGAGGACUUAAAGCUCAGUUGGCAGCAUAUGUUCCUGCAAUUGUUUCUCUCUUGGAUAGCGUGACAUCUUUGGAGAGUCGAACUCUUUUGCAUCCUGAACUUCCUACAGAUUAUAAUGAAGAGGACCCCAAUCUGGGGACUGAAUUUCAUGCUGAAAACUGUCAGCCAACAAGUGAAGGUCAAAUUGGCUUGGUUCCCAAUGGCUUUUCCGACUUGCAGGGUAUCCAUAUGAGAAUUAAAGCUAUUGAAAAAGCAGUUCUGGAAAUGGAAAAGCUUGCAAUGCUGGAGAACUUAAAUCUCAAUUCCAAACUAGAGACUGCUACAAGACAGAUUGAAGAAUUAAGAUAUGGAAGCAGCUCUAGUGGAGAAAGUGUUAGAGCAAAGAGGCACGUAAGUGCUAGACAAGAAGAGGAGGAACUUGGCAAUGGGCUCAGUAACAAUGUCAACAUGCAGAGACCAACACCUGAAAUUUCUGAAGAAAAUGAGAUGAUGACAAAAGACAUUAUACUUGAUCAGGUAUCUGAGUGCUCGUCUUAUGGGUUAAGCAGGAGAGGAACUGCUGCAGAGGUUGAUACUGAGACGCUUGAGUUGUGGGAAACUGCUGACCAUGAUGCUAAUGCCGACCUGAAAGUCAGCAAGGCCCAGAAGAUGGCCACUGCACCAACUGACUACCAACAGAUUGGAACUGUGAAGGCAGGCAAGGGCAGAACUCCCUCUACAGAAUCUCUUGUGAAGGAGUUGGGUGUAGAUAAAGAGAGCUCUAAGAGAUUUGCAGAGCCCAACAAUAACGGAAGCAAGAGGAAGAUUUUAGAAAGACUUGAUUCUGAUGUGCAAAAGUUGGCUAACCUUCAAAUAACUGUGCAGGACCUGAAGAAGAAGGUAGAGAUAAUUGAGACAGGCAAAAAGGGGAAAGGAAUUGAAUAUGGUACAGUUAAGGAGCAGCUAGAAGAAGCUGAAGAAGCCAUCACGAAGUUAUUUGAUGUCAAUCGCAAAUUGAUGACACACGUUGAAGAUGGCUCCUGGUCGUUUGAUGGGAAAUCUGCACUAGAACCAGAUGAGAAUGGGAGCGUGAGGAGACGAAGAGUAUCAGAACAAGCAAGAAGAGGGUCCGAAAAGAUUGGCCGGUUGCAGUUGGAGGUGCAGAAGAUACAGUUUUUCUUACUGAAUCUUGAUGAUAAAAAAGAAAGCAAAGCGCAAACCAGAAUCACUGAGCGUAGAAGAAGAGUUUUGUUGCGGGACUAUCUAUAUGGUGGGGUAAAAAGUAGCCAGAAGAAGAAGAAAUCGCCCUUCUGCGCAUGCGUGCAUCCCCCAACUAACGGAGAUUGAGGCAAUUGCUCAUCAUCGGCACAUUUACAUUUUCAGCAGUUACCAGUAUUUUGACUUUAAUUGCAUCGUGUCUAUAAAUCUGCCUUACUAGUUGUGUUUCACAUAUGUACUUUCUUAUACAGGCUUGCUUCUUCUUUUAAUUUAGAGAUCCAUUUCUGCUGUAUAUUAAAGGCAGGCAAUAUCUCUGAUCUCAAGAAGAUGCACUUUUAUAGCCUAAAAGUUCCCUUCUGUAUAUGUUUGUUUACUUCGGCAUAAAAUUUGGAUUUCAAUGGAAAUGGUUUUCUUCAAGGUCAACAAA